AUGGAGGAUGGAGAGGGAAGCAGGGAGGGUGAAAAGGGAAGUAGGGGGCUUGAAGAGGGAACUAUGGACGGAGGGAGAAGUAUGGAGGAUGGAGGGUGGAGUAUAGAGGAUGGAAAGGGAAGUAGGGAGGGUGGAGAGGGAAGUAGGGAGAAUGGAGGGGGUACUACGGAGGAUGGAGAGGGAAGUAGUGAGGGUGAAGAGGGGAGAAGGGAGCAUGGAGAGGGAACUAUGGAGGGUGGAGGGAGAAGUUUCGAGGAUGGAGAGGGAAGUAGGGAGUGCGGAGACGGAAGUAGGGAGGAUGGAGAGGGAAAUAGGGAGUAUGGAAGGCGAACUACGGAGGAUGGAGUGAGAAGUAUGGAGGAUGGUGAGGGAAGUAGGGAGCAUGGAGGGAGAACUACGGAUGAAUGA